AUGGCUGCCCGGCCCGGCCUCCCGCCGGCCCCGCUCCCGGCCCUGGCCCUGAUCCUGGCCGGCUACUGCUGCUGCCGCGGGGGCCUGGCCGCCCCUCGGUCGCCCCCCGGCCCCGGCCCCGAGCCCGGCCCCCGGCCCACCCUGGUGCUCUUCCCGGGCGACGGGAGGAACGACCUGACCGACGGGCAGUUGGCCGAGGAGUACCUGGUCCGCUACGGCUACCGGACGCGCGGGGAGAUGCAGGCCGGAGGCGGGCCGGGGCCGGAGCUGGGCCCGGCCCUGCGCCUCCUGCAGCGGCGACUGGCCCUGCCCGAGACCGGCCGGCUCGACCCGGACACGCUGGCCGCCAUCAAGGCCCCGCGCUGCGGCGUCCCCGACCUGGGCAACUUCCUCACCUUCGAAGGCCAGCUCAAGUGGGACCACCGCAACAUCACCUACAGGGUGCAGAACUACUCUCCGGACCUGACCCCGGAGGUGAUAGACGACGCCUUCGCCCGCGCCUUCGCCCUGUGGAGCGCCGUGACGCCCCUCACCUUCACCCAGCUCAGCCACGGACACGCGGACAUCCUCAUCCAGUUCGGGACCGGCGAGCACGGAGACGGCUACCCCUUCGACGGGCAGGACGGGCUCCUGGCCCACGCCUUCCCGCCGGGCCCGGGCAUCCAGGGCGACGCGCACUUCGACGACGACGAGCACUGGACCCUGGGCAAGGGCGAAGUGGUCCACACUCGGUUCGGGACGGCGGGGGGCGCGGCCUGCCACUUCCCCUUCGUGUUCGGGGGCCGGUCGUACCGGACGUGCACGUCGGACGGGCGGGAGGACGGGCUGCCCUGGUGCGCCACCACCCACAACUACGACGAGGACCGACUCUUCGGCUUCUGCCCCAGCGAGCGUGAGCCGGGACCGGGGGCGGGCGACACCGGGGCGGGGGGGACGCUGUCCUUCCUGGGCAUGAGCCUCUGCCUGGCGCUCAUGUUCAUCUGCUCCUGGUACUACGCCCUGGUGGCCAUGCUCAUCGCCGGCCUCAUCUACAAAUACAUCGAAUAUCGAGGGGCCGAGAAGGAGUGGGGCGACGGCAUCCGAGGCCUGUCCCUCAGCGCUGCGCGGUACGCUCUGCUGCGCCUGGAGGAGGGACCCCCGCACACCAAAAACUGGAGGCCUCAGUUGCUGGUGCUUGUACGCGUGGACGAGGACCAGAACGUGGUUCACCCGCAGCUGCUGUCCCUGACCUCGCAGCUCAAGGCGGGCAAGGGGCUGACCAUCGUGGGAUCCGUGCUAGAGGGCACCUUCCUCGACAAUCACCCGCAAGCCCAGCGGGCCGAAGAGUCCAUCCGCCGCCUGAUGGAGGCCGAGAAGGUGAAGGGCUUCUGCCAGGUGGUGGUGUCAAGCAACCUGCGGGACGGGCUGUCGCACCUCAUCCAGGCCGGGGGUCUGGGCGGGCUGCAGCACAACACCGUGCUGGUCGGCUGGCCCAGAAACUGGCGCCAGAAGGAGGACCACCAGACCUGGAGGAACUUCAUCGAGCUGGUGCGGGAGACGACGGCCGGACACCUGGCCCUGCUGGUCACCAAGAACGUGGCCAUGUUCCCCGCCAACCCGGAGCGGUUCUCGGAGGGCAGCAUCGACGUCUGGUGGAUCGUGCACGACGGCGGCAUGCUCAUGCUCCUGCCCUUCCUGCUGCGACACCACAAGGUGUGGCGUAAGUGCAAGAUGCGCAUCUUCACCGUGGCCCAGAUGGACGACAACAGCAUCCAGAUGAAGAAGGACCUGACCACCUUCCUGUACCACCUGCGCAUCACGGCCGAGGUGGAGGUCGUGGAGAUGCACGAGAGCGACAUCUCGGCCUACACCUACGAGAAGACGCUGGUCAUGGAGCAGAGGUCGCAAAUUCUCAAGCAGAUGCACCUGACCAAGAACGAGCGGGAAAGGGAGAUCCAGAGCAUCACCGACGAAUCCCGCGGCUCCAUCCGGAGGAAGAAUCCCACCAACGCCCGGCUGCGCCUCAGCGUCCCCGAGGAAGCGGCGGGGGAAGGCGAGGGGAAGCCGGAGGAGGAGGUCCAGCUCAUCGACGACCAGAAGGCCCCCGGCUUCCCCGGCGAGUCGCCGUCGCCCGGGGAGGAGGCCGAGGGCACCGGGGAGGAGGCCACCCCUGACAAGGUGCACCUCACCUGGACCAAAGACAAGGCCUUGGCCGAGAAGAACAAGGCCCCCAGCCCCGUCUCGUCCGAGGGCAUCAAGGACUUCUUCAGCAUGAAGCCCGAGUGGGAGAACUUGAACCAGUCCAACGUGCGUCGCAUGCACACCGCCGUGCGCCUCAACGAGGUCAUCGUCAAGAAGUCGCAGGAGGCGAAGCUCGUCCUGCUCAACAUGCCCGGCCCGCCCCGAAACCGCAAGGGAGACGAGAACUACAUGGAGUUCCUGGAGGUGUUGACCGAGCACCUGGACCGGGUGAUGCUGGUGCGCGGCGGCGGCCGCGAGGUCAUCACCAUCUACUCCUGAGACCCCGGGCCCCGCGACCCCCGCGGCCCCGGCCCCGCCGCCAAGCUUUUCUGAGCCAACGGGACAGUCUCGGGGGUGGGGGUGGGGU